CACACUGUUUGAUAAGAGAAACAAUAUUGCAGUAAGAAUCUCAAUUAAUAAUUUACUUACUGCCUAUAGUUGCAAUUAUGUCAAAGCUUGAUGAAAAAAUUGGUUUUAUUGGCGGCGGUAAUAUGGCAUUUGCCAUAGGUUCGGGCCUUAUACGCUGUGGUAUAGUAAAGCCACUGCAGGUAAUGGUAUCCGGACCACAUAUUGAAAAUCUGGCACGUUGGCGCGACAUUGGCGUCGCCACAACAGAUGAUAACAACGAAGUGCUCGAGUUGGCGAAUAUUGUCUUCAUCUGCGUAAAGCCACAUAUACUGGGUGACUGCGUAGCACAGCUUAAAUGCAAGCAUGUGCCUUCGGCUAAAGAUGCAAAGAAGCUGUUCGUCUCAGUCCUGGCAGGCACUACGUUGGAUGAUCUAGAGGAGAAAUUCAGCUUUAUGGAGGAGCCCAAAGUGAUACGCACUAUGCCGAAUACAUCAAUGCAAGUGGGCGAGGGCUGUACUGUCUACACAGGCAACGAGCGCGUUACGCCACAAGAGCUGGCCAAGGUGCAUUUGAUUCUAAACAGCUUGGGCUUGGCACAGCAAGUGCCAGAGUCUAUGAUUAAUGCAGCUACAGCUGUAGCUGGCUGCGGUCCUGCAUUUGUAUAUACUAUAAUUGAGGCUAUGGCUGAUGGCGGCGUCAAGCAGGGCUUACCCAGAGCAAUGGCUUUAAAGUUUGCAGCGCAAACAUUACUGGGCGCAGCUAAGACGGUGCUGCUCACCGAGAAGCAUCCAGCUGUGUUGAGAGAUGAGGUUUGCUCACCCGGUGGAGCUACCAUUGUAGGUGUGCAUGAGCUGGAGAAGGGCAAUCUAAGAUCUACUCUUAUCAAUGCAGUGGAAAAAUCUUCACAACGUGCAGCUGAGCUGGGCAAAAAAUAAAUUACAGGAAGAUACACACAGCUGUCGGCAGCUCUCUAUAUAAAAAUACAGUUCCAUUGAAAAUUUAUUAAACUU